AAUAUGUGUACAGUGAAGACUGUAAAUAGUGUCGAAGUGAAGGUUGUGUGUUUGUUGUGUUGCUGAAGUCGAACAUCAACAAUGGAGUUGACAGAUACAUACUAUAACAAGUCUGAAUAUGUCGAAACGGCAUCAGGAAACAAGGUUAGCAGGCAAACAGUUUUGUGUGGCUCACAAAACAUAGUACUGAGCGGAAAAGUAAUUGUUCAAUCUGAUGCCAUAAUUAGAGGAGAUUUAGCUAAUGUACGGGCAGGCCGGCAUUGCAUUAUCAGUAAGCAUGCAGUCAUUCGACCACCAUUCAAAAAAUUCAGUAAAGGUGUGGCCUUUUUCCCAAUACACAUGGGUGAUCAUGUGUUUGUUGGCGAACGCUCAGUGGUAAAUGCAGCAAAUGUUGGUUCAUACGUUUACAUCGGCAAAAACUGUGUUAUUGGCAGACGAUGUGUUCUCAAAGACUGCUGCAUGAUUGAAGAUGACACUGUACUACCACCAGAAACAGUUGUUCCAUCAUUUACGCGCUACUCUGGAUCACCUGGUGUCUGUGUUGGUGAAUUGCCAGAAUGUACACAGGAUUUAAUGAUAGAAUUUACACGAAAUUAUUAUCAGCAUUUUCUACCAGCAAAAUAAGACAUGUAUUUGUGUAAACCUACUGUGUGACACUUUUUCUGUUACAAGAUUGCUUCAAAGUUGAUAUUUACUCAUGUAAUUCAAGUGGACAGUUGAAGUGUAAAUAACAGCAGUACAUUGGAAUGAUGUGCAAGUUCUCCUUACAAGGAAUUUGCACCAAAAUUUUGUGAUACUUUUGUCUGCUGACAUGUUAAAGCAAUUUCGUUUUUCUACCUUU